AUGAAUUUGUCACUUCGGAUAUUCCUAGAGCCCCAUCUCUUAUUGUCCAUAUUAGUGCGCCAUGGGAUGGCAUGUAAAGCAAAGAACAUAGAACAGGUUUACCAGGACAGAAAGAGAGUGAAAGGUCUGGCAGGGUUAAAGGGCAUAGCUGUGAGAGUUGUUGGUGGGGCUAGAAGGAGAAGGAAAGCAAAGACGAAGAAAAUUAAGGUUCCAGAUAGUUUGAUGGAAUUUUGGCACAAGAUGAUCUUUCCUGCGAGAAGAGUUUGGCUUGCUCUUUCUUCUCGUGUUAAAGCUCGCAAAAAUGGUGCUGGUAUUCUGAAGCUUCACAAUGAUGUACAGACCUGUGGAUAUGAAGAUGUGCAAGUGAUGUGGGAAAUGCUGAGGAGAUCGGAAUCGGAGCUGAUAGCUAGUCAUCCAAAGCGCAAGCAACGGCCUUUUUGGAGAGUUUUUGUAUGGUCUAACGCUAACCAGAGUGCGGCCUCAUCCUUCUCUGCAAAUCACUCCUGA